AGCCGAAUAUCUUUGAGUCGCUCUUCCUUGAGUCUCAGGACUCAGCCAAUCUGAAUGCUGUGACGAGGAGAGGCAGGAUCCCAAUAUUUAACACACAGGGCACUGAUACAUCUACACCUGUCACUGACUGCUCCUCGUGAAGAACUAAUGCACUUUAUCUCCCUCCUCACAUACUGAAGAUAUCCACACACGGGACUGUCGAUCCGACAUCCGUGUGGUUCUUGAAAAGUCACAGCGGCGAUUUCCUCGUGUUUUGUCAUUAUUUACCGGGACAUUUUACAGAUGCGCAUUGGCACGAAUCUGUAAGGAUGCGACAGGACAUCUGAACCUCACCUAGAAUCAAAAUCGAGCGCCUCGCAACUAUGCCGUAAAGAAAUCUUUCUUGAUACAUCCGGAAACCGCUGGAUGCAGAAGAGGAUUUUCGCACCUAGAUUUGAACACUGAUCUCCCAUCAUAACGCGGAUUACAGUAGGACACCACACGCGCCCCUGAAUCUCGUUAUUAUAUAUAGCCUGUAUCGUAUUGUGGCAAGUGCUUAAAGAUGAUCCUAUUUCGUAAAUUUCGCGUGUUGAUUUUAAUGGUGUUUCUCGUCGCCUGCACCAUGCACAUCAUGAUAGACCUGUUACCCAAGCUGGAGAAGCGCGCGGCGGGAUCGAGCUCCAGCGCUGGAGGUGGAGGCGGCUGCUCCUGCGCUCACACACCGGGCGAGGAGCCUCGAUCCUGGGCCAAACAGCGCUCCAGAGCCGCCGCCGCGGAACCGGGCUGGCCUAAUAAACACUCUUUGAGACUACUGCAGGAUUUCAGCAAUGAACCCAACUCCAACCUCACUUCGCACUCGCGGGAGAAGGUGACAGAGAGAGCCGAGUCUGGAAAGAGAGUGAGACAGCUGCAGCCGGGCUCGGAGAAGAGAGGUCUGAUGAGAGAUGCGGUGAGCGGACAGAAGCAGAGAGCUGUGCAGGGUUCGUCCAGACUGAAGGCGCUCUAUGAGCAACCCCUCUACAAGACCGACCUGCCUCAUCUCUCUGAAGAUGACACUUUGUUCAACCUCAACAGUGAUGUCAGAUUCUACCCCAAAGCUGCCGGACAACAAGAAUGGCAAGUGGAGGGGAACGUGGAGGAGGAGGAGUACAGUCCGACAGGGGAGGCCACUGCUGAGUCAUAUCCCAACUGGCUCCGCUUCCACAUUGGGAUUAACCGAUACGAGCUCUACUCCAGACACAACCCCGUCAUCGGCGCCCUGCUGAAGGACCUGGUCUCCCAGAAGAUCACCAGCGUAGCUAUGAAGUCAGGUGGCACUCAGCUGAAGCUCAUCAUGUCAUUCCAGAACUAUGGACAAGCACUGUUCAAACCUAUGAAACAAACUAGGGAGCAAGAAACACCCCCAGACUUCUUCUACUUCUCUGACUUUGAGCGACACAACGCAGAGAUCGCUGCAUUUCAUCUGGACAGAAUCCUGGAUUUCCGGAGAGUUCCCCCGGUGGCCGGCAGGCUGGUGAACAUGACACGUGAGAUCCGAGACGUGACCCGUGACAAAAAGCUCUGGCGGACAUUCUUCGUAUCCCCAGCCAACAACAUCUGCUUCUAUGGCGAGUGCUCCUACUACUGCUCCACAGAACAUGCCUUAUGUGGGAAGCCCGACCAGAUCGAGGGCUCCCUGGCUGCAUUUCUUCCUGACUUGGCACUAGCUAAGCGCAAGACCUGGAGGAACCCCUGGCGCCGCUCCUACCACAAACGCAAGAAAGCUGAGUGGGAAGUGGAUCCAGACUAUUGUGAUGAAGUCAAACAGACCCCUCCAUAUGACCGAGGCACACGACUCCUGGACAUCAUGGACAUGACUAUUUUUGACUUUCUAAUGGGCAACAUGGAUCGCCACCAUUACGAGACUUUUGAGAAGUUUGGAAAUGAGACUUUCAUUAUUCAUUUGGACAACGGCAGAGGAUUUGGAAAGCAUUCACAUGAUGAAAUGUCCAUCCUGGUCCCUUUGACUCAGUGCUGCAGAGUGAAGAGGUCGACGUAUCUGCGGCUACAGCUGUUGGCUAAAGAGGAGUUCAAGCUGAGCUCUCUAAUGGAGGAAUCGCUUCUACAGGACCAGUUGACACCCGUCCUCAUCCAGCCCCACCUGGAGGCCAUGGACCGCCGCCUGCGCCUGGUGCUCAAAGUGCUGGCCGACUGCGUGGAGAAAGAAGGCUUCCCAUCAGUGGUGGAGAAUGACCUGGACGGACAGCCCUCCUCACACCACCACCAGGCGCACGGAGGGAGGUAGUGAGGCCUGAACCUCGGUUACCGCCAGUCAGUCCCCCACCAUGAGCCCCACUGAGGCUUGUGCUCGAGUCACACUCUGAAUUCAGUGAAUUCCCCAACUAGCCACUAAUGCCUCUGAGGAGCCACUCUAUUGUGUGUGUAGAUGCAAGACGAACUCUGGGACGAAGACGUCGUUUCUGGAUGGCCGAGCUGCAGUACAUACUUUCCUGUUGCAUCCUAAUUUGUUUGACAAGUCUGCUGAUAUCAUUUAUUACAUUUCCAUAUUUCGAGUUGGCUAGUGUACAGACAAGUUGGAACCAAAAG